AUGGACGCCCAAAUCGCGGAAUGGCAGACGCGCGCCGAGGCGCUCAAGCCGCUCAACCUCAAGGCCAUCGAGCCCAGCCUCCAGGAGCUCGACGCCCACCUCACCCUCCGCUCGCACAUUGUGGGCUACACCCUCACCGAGGCCGACUCGACCGUGUGGAAGAGGCUGCGCGAGAACCGGGUGGCGCAUGCGUUUGUCAAGCAGAACCUGAUGCCCAGCCUGUGUCGCUGGUUCCGCUACAUCGAGGACGUCUACCCCCAGGCCGUGGUCCUGGCCGAGAGGCCCAAGGAGCGGAGCAAGAAGGAGGGCGCCAACGACGACGCCAACUACGACAUUGGCCUGCAGGACGUCGGCGACGGCACCGGGAUCGUCACCCGCUUCCCGCCCGAGCCCUCAGGCUACCUCCACAUUGGCCACGCAAAGGCCGCGCUCCUGAACGACUACUUCGCCCACACAAAGUACAAGGGCAAGCUUAUCCUGCGCUUCGACGACACCAACCCCAGCAAGGAGAAGGAGGAGUUCCAGGACUCCAUCGUCGAGGACUGCGCGCUGCUCGGCAUCAAGCCUGACCAGGUCUCGUACACCAGCGACUGGUUCGAUCAGCUCUACGAGAGGGCCGUCCAGGCCAUCAAGGACGGCCUGGCCUACGCCGACGACACCGCCCAGGAGAAGAUGCGCGCUGAGCGCAUGGACGGCAUCGCCAGCGAGCGCCGCAACAUGAGCGUCGACGAGACCCUGGCCAAGUUUGAUGAGAUGAAGCAGGGCACAGACGAGGGCAAGCGUUGGUGCAUCCGCGCGAAGAUGUCGGUCGACAACCCGAACAAGGCCAUGCGCGACCCUGUCAUCUACCGCUGCAACCCCGAGGACCACCACCGCACCGGCUCCAAGUGGAAGAUGUACCCCACCUACGACUUCUGCUGCCCCAUUGUCGACUCGCUCGAGGGCGUCACCCAUGCUCUGCGCACCACCGAGUACAACGACCGCGAUGCUCAGUACCAGUGGUUCAUCACCGAGCUCAAGCUGCGCAAGGUCCACAACUGGGGCUUUGCGCGUCUCAACUUUGUCCGCACCGUCCUGUCCAAGCGCAAGCUGACCAAGAUUGUCGACGCCGGCUACGUCUGGGGCUGGGAUGACCCGCGCAUGCCCACUGUCCGUGGUGUCCGCCGCCGCGGCGCCGUCAUUGCCGCUCUCCAGGAGUUCAUCCUGAAGCAGGGUCCCUCCAAGAACAUCGUCAACCUCGACUGGUACUCCUUCUGGGCCACCAACAAGAAGCACAUCGAGCCCACCGCCGCCCGCUACAUCGCCAUCGACGAAGACGCAAACGUCCCCGUUACCGUUGUCGGUGCGCGCGAGGGCGUCCUCAGCGAGGACAAGCCCAAGCACGCCAAGUACGACCUCGGCACCAAGAAGGUCGUGUUCAGCAAGGACAUCAUCAUGGAGCAGGCUGACGCUCAGUCGUUUGCUCAAAACGAGGAGAUCACGCUUAUGAACUGGGGCAACGCCAUUGUCCGCAAGAUCUCGCACUCGAUCAACCCGCUCUCCAAGAACGGUUUCAAGACCGUCACCGGUCUUGAACUUGAGCUGCAUCUGCAGGGUGACGUUAAGAAGACGUCCAAGAAGGUGACGUGGCUGUCAAAGGACCAGGAGCUCAUUCCCAUUGAGCUCGUCGACUUUGACUACCUCAUCUCCAAGGACAAGCUCGAGCCCGAGGACACUCUGGAGGACUUCCUCAACAAGAACACCGAAACUAGGACCAAGGCUGUUGCCGACUGCAACGCUGCCGAGCUCAAGGCCGAUGACAUUAUCCAGUUCGACCGCAAGGGCUUUUUCAGGAUCGACAAGGCAUUUGCUCACGGACAGCCGAUUGUCGCGUUCCAAGUCCCUACCGGAAAGUCGAAGUAA